GAACCACUUGGAGACCGCUGGACCGAAUCUGACCGCUUUACUUACUUGCUGUUCGCCAUGUCGCCCCGAUAGAAUACCAGACGCCUAUUUUCCGGUUACGCGACCACGAUGAACUCGCUCAAUGCCUUCUCCCCCCUAAUACGGCGGUCCGCGCAGGCACAGUGGACAUGUCACGCCUGUCUCCGGCGACAGGUGCCACAGCUUCGGAACGGGUAUGCGACCAAGGCGAAGACGAACACAAAACCGCCGCCUGGAGAUUCAGGGAAAAGUAGUAAAAGAAGGAGGAGGCUGCUGAUUGUAGGCGGAGGAUUCGCAGUUGCAGGGGCGGCGGUCACCAUCAAUGACGAUGCGAAACACGCAUAUACCGCCGUGCAGCGGAGCAGCAGAGUGCUCUCGACGCUGUUUAUCAAUGUCAAAGACUACCGAAAUACCCUGAAGAAGCACGGCGACGAUGGAUACGAAGAAACGCUCAAGGCAUGCCACCUCCGCUGCGCGAAGCGAACGCUCCGCACCCUCGAGAAGAACGGCUCCAUAUUCAUAAAGCUGGGCCAGCAUCUGAGCAGCAUGAACUACCUGCUCCCCAGCGAGUGGUGCGAUACCUUCAUCCCGCUGCAGGACAAAUGCCCCGUCUCGUCGUACGACUCGAUAAAGGAUAUGGUCAUGGAAGACGAAGGCACCGAUCUCUCCGACUUCUUCUCUGAGUUCGAGGAGCUGCCUAUUGGCGCCGCAUCGCUGGCGCAGGUCCACCGGGCAGUCAUUAGGGAAACGGGGCAGAAGGUCGCCGUCAAGGUGCAGCACCCUGCGCUGGACGAGUGGGCGAAGCUCGAUCUUGCGCUCACGAGGUUCACCUUUGAGACUCUGAAGUACUGGUUCCCAGAGUACGACCUGACCUGGCUAUCAGAAGAGAUGGAGAAGUCGCUUCCCCAAGAGCUGGACUUCAGACAAGAAGGCCAAAACGCCAUUCGCGCGCGCGAAUACUUCUCACACGUCCAUGACGCGCCCGUCAUAAUCCCUGAAGUCCUCUGGGCCAAGCGCCGCAUCCUCGUAAUGCAGUACGUCUCUGGGCACCGGCCAGACGACCUCGAAUACCUCGACACCCACGGCAUCGACCGCGACGAAGUGUCCGCCGCUCUCGCCCGCAUCUUCAACGAAAUGAUCUUCGGCACGAACGCCCCGCUCCACUGCGACCCCCAUGGCGGCAACAUCGCCAUCCGGCACAACCCCGCCCCCCGCCGCGGCGCCUCAAACUUCGACGUCGUCCUCUAUGACCACGGGCUCUACCGCGACAUCCCGCUCCACCUGCGCCGCUCCUACGCGAAGCUAUGGCUUGCGGUCCUUGAUGCGGACGAGCCGCGCAUGCGAAAGUAUGCGUACGAGGUCGCGGGCAUCGACGACCGGCACUUCCCGCUCUUCGCGUCCGCAAUCACUGGUCGCGACUACAGCAUCAUUGUGCGCCCGGAGGGCGUCAGCUCUGGCCGUAGCGACGAGGAGAAGAAGGUUAUCACCGAGGCGCUGGGGGAUGGCAUGCUCGAGAGUUUGAUUCAGCUGCUGGGCAAAGUGCCGAGGGUGAUUCUACUGAUUUUAAAAACAAAUGAUCUGACGCGGUCCCUCGACGAAAAUCUGCACACAAGGCAAGGUCCGGCGCGCACGUUCCUUAUUCUCGCGCGGUACGCUUCCCGCACCGUGUAUGAGGAGCAGUUGGAGAAUCUGAUGGGGAGGAGCUUGUUUUGGCCAGCGAAUCUUUGGGCUUUUCUGCGCGCAUGGGCGAAUCACAUGCGGGUUGAGAUGAGGCUUGGGGUGUUUGAGUGGGUGCUUUGGGGCAGGUGGAAGCUAGGGAUGAGGGCGGUGGGGGUGUGAGGGGAGAGAGUGACGGGUGUAUAUAGAUGAUAUGAGGGCAAAUAAACUUGAUGCAAUGGGAGGAGCAUGGGAGGCGUGGUAUAGCGUAUUUAGCGUAUCAUAUCAUGUACAGGAGCGGGGACUAUAGAUCAUAUUGAACUUCACUUCACAAUAAAUGCCAGCAACUAUCAUGU